CACUUGAACUUCACUGUAACGUACCGCUAUCGUCCCCACCACCAACAAAGGGCGUAGGGAUUAACCAAUUUGUUCGGCAUGCAUGACGUAUUUCUUCGAGCUUUCAUUGGAUACAAUUCAUCGGGCGUUAAUUUCCAUUGGCAAACAACAACCCACAAGGCUUUGUAACUUGUACUUCCUUCGCAGAAUUUUUGUGAAGGAUAUUAGCGCAUACCGGCUUCUCAGUAUAGGCGGUACGGGCAGUCGCAUAAACCUACCUGCAGCUGCAGUUUUAUGACGUCGGGGGAAUUUGCGACAGUCGUUUGUGUGGCAGAAAUGUGCGUUUUUUAAUCAAGUUGACAUCAAAAUUUGACAAACGAACAUUUGGAUCGUGUCUCCAGUCUGAGCCAAGCCAAACGAUGACGACCUUACACACUGUGGGCAUGGCACAGCCAUCCCAAGCUACCGUAGUCAACCAGCAGCCACCGCAGCAGACCAUCACUUACCAGACUGUUCAGGCCCAACCCAAGCCGGCUGACACGGUCGUGAGCACCUACAACGUGGCAACCGCCCGCCAGACUGGCUAUGUGCAGUUGGUGUGCGGCGUGCUGACCGUUGGCCUGGGUAUUGCAGCCAUCGUCAUGGAAUGCAACUAUGCUUGGGUGGCCAGCCCCAUCUGGAGUGGCAUGGCGUUUUUCAUCGUGGCUGGUAUUCUUGGCAUAGCAUCGGCUGCUAACCAGAACAACUGCGUGAUCAUCGCCCACCUGGUCAUGUCCAUCCUGGCUUCUCUCGUGGCCUUCCAGCUGAUGUGCAUCAUGAUUGUUGCAGGUCUGGCAGAGGUGAAUGCAUUCUGUAACCGGGAGUACAACAUCUUUGGAUUUUACGACCAAGAAUGCUGGAGCAACGGUGGCUGUAUUGCUGUGGACAGCAUCGGCGGUCUUGUGGCUUUGAUUGAGCUGAUUGUGGCCAUUGUGGCUUCAGCCAUCUGUUGCCGUAGUGGCUGUGGAUCUGGGACCGUUGCUACCCAGCAGACUGUGGUGCAUCACUAUGUUCCAAACAGUGGCAACGUGACCAUCAUGACCAACCCUCAGCCAUACGGCCAAGGCAUGGCCCCACAACAGGGCUACAUUCAGCCACCUAGUCAGCCUGGGGCUCCUCCACAAGCGUACAACAACCAGGGUUUCCACAUGGCCCCUCAGACAUCCGGGACUGCCCCCGCCAUGCAUGCGCCCCCUCCCUACAGCUGUGAAGACAAGAUGCCUAUUCCACAGUCUUAAAGCGGGCUGGAACUCACUGCCGAGAACACAACUCAAACCCGAAAGGUAGCACGAGUAACCUUUAAAACUCGACUUCUCAAAACUCAUCAUUUUGUGUACACAGUCUGAGAGCUGCUGGUUUUCCAUUUCAGAGAUUUGCAUAGCCAUUUGUGGUUUUUUUUUAUCAGAUUUUGUCCAUUUUUGUAAUAUGUGAAAAAGAAGUUUCAAGCUUCAUCAUCUGGUUCUCAAACUGGUUGUAAAAUUCUUUCCAGAUGUAAAAUAUUCCAUCAAGCUUUUGCUUUUAUUUGAAAACAUUUUGUCAGUUUUUGACUCACUAAAAUUUGUCAGCUAGCACAAACCAUCUCCCAGUGCCGAAGAUGAGAAAGCGCAUAAGAUAAGAUGCAAAUCAAAGGGAUAAUUUCUCGACAUUAUAUUGUAUAGCGCCGUCUUGCUAACAUGCACUGAACAUACGUGUACAUGUGUACGAGUAGGUUUUGUUUCCAACAUUUGAAUCCUUGGCCGAGUUCAGACAGCUUUUUCUCAUAAGUUCACAAACAGCUCGAUAUGUUGUUUGUAAGUCGGCCGCUCAAAUGCCAAGAUGGUACAACAGGUUAUUGCUGGUGUAGUUAGUGGCAGUUAGCAACAUGCAUUAUUAUGGCGGCGCCCAUACACGUUCUUUGAGAAUUAAUGUUCGGAUAACUGGGCUGAUUUCUACUCUGUUUAAAAAGAAACAUUCAUUUCUGACUUACGGAAACUUAUUGAUAGUAUUUUUGCAUAACUUCCUGUUGUCUUCAUCUUUGUAAGCCAUCUCGCUAUUUUUUGCGGCUGUUCAAAAAUUAAAACCCCACGAGUAUUUCUUUGUGUUCCUGUAAAACCCUGAUGAGGAGGUGGUGUGUGAUCCUGUUCCAAGAACAAUGUUCUUGGGUCCUGUUCCCGCAUUUCGAGCGCGAGAACAAGAAACCUGUGUCAAGAACAUAUGCCCGAACUCGACCCUUGAAUCUUUGUUUUUCUCUGAAGCGGGAAAUCAUUGGUCUUGGAACCAGCAGUAUUUUUAUUGCGAUGGAACCAACAAAUAUUCACAUUAAAUGUUUCAUGCCAAACAUUUCAUUCACAUCUAUACCAAAAAAAAAUGGAAUUAUGAAAAUUACUAUGGUUAAUGUUAUUGCAUCAAACCAAGUUAUUAUUCACGAGGUAAUUUACAUGUACACGUAGUGCACAGAAGUAAACAGUUUUUCCAUGUUCAAUAGUUUGAACACUUUACCCUAGUAAUUAAUAUAAGCACCAGAAUUUUAUCUCUAUUACUUUAGCCAAAGGUAAUUACUCAGAUAUUCAAGCACAUAUCAGACAGAAAUUCUGACUCAAAUAUUGAGCAUUUUGCUUAGUCAAAAUAGGGUUCUAGCAUUGUCUAGGGUCUGGACUUUUAUUUUUAAUAUGAAAUGUUUCCUUUUUUUGAAAGCAUAUCAAAGGCAAAUUAUUUACAUCUAUAUAUAUGUACACAAUACAGUGAAUGUUUUAUUUGUUGUUUGGCAACUAAAACAAGAAUCCAGUUAUCAUUACACCCCUCAUUAGCACUCUGCACGUUCGGUUUUUUUUUUCCAGGGGAUUCUUGGGUAUUAAACCAAAAAGAAAAUGAACAAACAAUUUGAACAUUUGCCAUGAAACCAAAACCAAAAUUGAACAAGCUCAUUAAAGAUUUUGAGUCAGUGCCCCAAUUUUGGAGCCAGCCUACAACCAGCAGGUGCAUGUGUAGAAAAAAUACCGGUUGCUCAGGCUAAACAGUGACCAAAACAUUUCUUAAAAAAAACAAACAAUAUCAGUACUUGUGAGGUAUUAUUUGGGGGGUGAGUUGGGGAGUGGGCAGAUUAUUGGAGCCAAUUUAAUGAAACUUACACUAUGGUGUAACUGAAGUUAAAGGUAUGCUAUAUUUUAUUAUGCAAAUUGGGCUUCAUGAAAGUUAAACACUGCAUAAGUUUGCAGUUAAUUGGUAGUGGCAUGACUUUUGCACUCAUUUAGGUAGCAUAAGUUGCACCAAACAAACGUACCAUGUUCCGUAAUGCUUCAUGAUCAAGAUAAGACCAAAAAUUUUGAAAUAGCGGGCAGAGCUACGUGUAGGUACAUGUGCAAGACAGCCUCAUAUUGAAAAGGAGCAGCGUUAUUAAAGGUGUUAUUGUCCUUACCUAAGAUAUUUAACAGAAUUAAAUCAUUGCACACCUUAGCAACUUUUCAGGAAGUCGCUGUAAGUACACUGUGCAGCUGACAGGCUGAUUCCUACCAUGCUGAUUCAUGAUGCAAAGUCGUGCCAAGUUUCGAUAAAUUGACUGCUGGAAUGAUGCAACUGCACACCAGUCUUUCAACUGUUACAACUCAUGUGCUUUAAGUGCACUUCAUUGAAAACCAAAUCAGUUUUCCAGUUCGUAUCAACUCGUUACACCGAAUGACAGUUCAGUGUAUUGAAAACGUGUUUCUCUGACAGCCCUGUGGAGGCGUACAGUUGCCAAAUUGCACUUCCGUAAGUUGCUCAAGUUUACAGGUCAAGUUUUGGCAGUAUAAAUACGUUACCCCCAGGGAGUUAUGUGCUUUGUGUUGCCUUUCGCAUUGAUGUAUGGAUUAGACAUUUGUUUGUGCAGCUAUUUUAGUAUUGUGACGCUGACGUGUACCAAGUACUCAGAGUUUUCUGUAUAUUUACCAGCGUUGUCUCUUUUAAAUGCUUGUACAUGUAGUGUGAAAUUUGGCGAUCUGCGUUUAUUUAUGUGUUAAUAGUCUAAGAUAUCUUUGUGUGUGGAUUUUACCUGUGGUAAAAUGCAAAGAGUUGUACAUGCAUGCCUUCACUUCCGACUUUACAGUGUAUAACUGGACCUAAUUUGGUCAACUUGCAAUGCAGACAGGCUGCUGUUUUCAGAAGCAAAUUUGUUUUAGCAGCAGUGCAGAGACGGUUUAAAAACUUGGUCCAUUUGUGUCGGUGGCUGUGGUCGAGAAUGAGCACUUGUCUAUGGGGAAUAGACAUGAUAGAUGCAGCCGAUACUCAUUGGCUUCUACAGGUCUGUGCAUUAUUGUCAGCCGCAGCCGUAAAAUUUGUUCCAAGCCAUAGACAUUGUCAAAUGUGUUUUUAUGUGACAGCCGACAAGCAGCAAGACAUCAGUUUUUCUACGAUUUUACACAUUCUUGCAUGUGUGAGUUUUGAGGCGGAAGACUCAGAACGCAUGCCUGUUGACAAGCGUGGCACGACGGACACCAUGAACAAUGAACUUCAGAACACUGAGAAAUUUCAGAAUGCUUUCCAUUGGAAGUUGACUGUGAAUUCAAAACAAAGAUCACUCCCCAAGUUAAUCGCCUGUUGGCUUUGCUGCAUUGCAAGGAACCUCUCCAGUCGCCUUUUUGAAAAUCACUGGCGGUUUUGUGGAUCAUGUCUUUUGCUGCGGAACUUUUUAAUGACCCAUUGCCAAGUCCAGAGCAUUUACGAGCACGGUCAAUCACUGUACAUGUAUGUACAACGCCAGUGUUCAGCGUUUUACUUUCAACUACAUAUGAUGUACCAUUGUUUGCGUAACAUCUGAUACUUGGAAAACUUGCCUCUUUUAAGUAUUUUUUAAAUAUUUCUUUCCAUCUCAAACCUCUUGCCAGUUUAGUUUAUGCCCGCCCGUUUUGUUGUGUGAAUUAUGUACCUAGACAUUCAUCCAAAUUUUUCCAACACAGGUUUUGAGAAUUGAUGUAUGCUUAACAUUCUUGACUGUUAUUUUCAUAUCUAUUUCUUGAGCUUAAAAAUUGUCCGUCAAAAGGAGAAGUACUACCGAAUGUAAAUUCAAAUAAAUGGAGUCUUUCACUCCUUCAGUUUCAAUAACCCCAAAUAUGUUUAUUCCGAUUCUAACAUGAACAUUGACAGUUGGCACAACACUGUCCGAAUUUCUUAUGCUACAGAUUUCAGGGUCAAAUCCUGCUCCAAUCCGUUUCUUAGUUCAUCAUGAUACUUGUAACAAUUUUUCAUUUGAGAUAAAUACCAGCAAAACCUGUUCAGUGUUCACUUAUUUUUGUCAUUCAACAGUGCCAAAGAGAGACAUGUUUAAUUCAGAAAAGAAGACUUUUAUCAUGAAUGGUUUUAUCACGUAACAUUCUGGAAUAAGUAUUUAUUUAUUUUUAGUGCCCUAUUUUAUUUGAAGUAAAAGUACUGCAUAAACUUUUAACAAUUAGCUGAAAAUAAACUUAUUUAAUGAAACAUUCCCACAGAAUGGGACAUAAUGACAUUGAUGAAUUGACAACAAUUAUGUGUGGACCAGUGUGAGCUCAUGAUCAUUCAGGAAAUAUUAGUCGUAGUUUCUGCUGAGGUUCAGAAAAAAAAACCCAAAUGUCCAGCAGAAUAUGUUCACCGUUACCGAGUUUCUUCCUAAUGUGAUUAUCAUGUAGCCUUGUAUAGCAUGAGUAUAAAUGUUAUCAACCAUUCCUGAUAAGUGAACUGAUGUCACCUCUUAUCCAUUUCCUCUUCAUGAGCAUUGCUUUGGCUAAAUUUUGAGACCGAUUCCGUUUAUCUUUGCAUUCCAUGCAUGUGUGUCAUGGGCAUGCACAUCGACCUGUGUCACUUUUCAAUCCAAGUUAGUCCAAAUAAGAAUGCAAAGAAGUUAUGGCAUGCCAAAACGUUAAUGCCCUUCAAUACUGCGGCGGGUCAAGUGACCUUUAAGAUUUAAAAUACAUUAUUUGGAGGCUGUUAAAGUGACAGGACACUCAUAUGUAGGCUUUGGGUUUUUCAAUUAGCUGAAAGAAAAAAUGUCUCCUUGCAGUUUGCAGUGUGCUAGCCGUGGUUUCCAAUUUUCGGAAUACAUCUCGCUUUGUGUGGUUGCUUCUCUAGGAUACAAAAGUUUUGAUUUCAUAAAUAUCUACGUACUCAGUAUGUUGAGAAAACUUACUCAGUUGCACAGCAAUUAGACACAGAGCAAGAAUUACAUCACAUUUUCACACCUUGUGCAAAGUGUACUGGAAAUACUGGUAUUUGGAUAGCAUAAAUGAUGUGUGGUCAAAGUAAAUGUCCCACAACUGCGUGCUUCAGUCACAUGCACCACAAGUCGCAGAUACCACUUUAUUUUGCUCAUUACAAGCUCUCUGUCAUUAUGAUAGCAUCUGUAUUUUGCAGUUAAUUAAAUAUAGAAGCUAAGUAAUGACAUCCGUGUAUGCAUUGGGUCUGAUAGGUACUCACCAAGCUGGUGACAGACAAUUCUAAAUAAAAUACCAUGAAGAAUUCUGUUUACAAAUUUAAUACAUCAGUACAUGGACCUACGCAUGUAUGUAAUCGUGUCAUCAUGGUUGCUCCAAACAGAAUUUUAGAAAAUACCAGCGGACGUUAAAAACCUGUUGCAAGGUCUCUCUGAACAUUUGAAAUGUAAUUUUAUUCUGCAUUGUGGAACUUUACACAUUAAUAUGUACAUGCUUGCAGAAAUAGUAUACAAGGUUGUGAAUGUAACUUGCUGCACUCUGUAAGUGAUCAAUAAAGCACCCUAAAUCAUA